AUGAGUUCGAAAAGAACCAAAUCACCAAAAUCGCCGGUUGUUGGAGAAGCACUUCCAACAUGUUCAGAAGCUGAAUGGGAUGCCAGUGAUGAACCAUAUUCAGCAGAGCUAUUGAAUGUUAAAAAGAAACCAAAUCGAGUCAACGUGUUUUCUGCGACUGAGAAACAAUUAGAAGAUGCGAUUCCGCCAUCUCCAGUUCUUCCAAAAGAAAAAACCCUUCCGCAAUGCAGAUUCGACUCCAGACAGGGAUUCUACACAUCGAUUCGUUCCGAUCUUGAGAUUGGUGAAAUCAUUCUCAAAGGCACCGUCAACCCUCCAGAUGCAGAUUUCAUGAUCGCCAACGUCAGAUCCGAUUCGUUUAAUAAUACCGAUUGGGCUGAUCGUGUCGUCGUGGAUCGAACAAAUUUGUCCCCUGGCUCAUUUGUGGUCCGAGUGGCCGCUUCAUUGUCCCUUCCAGUCUAUCCGUCGCCCACGAGGGAAGCGAACAUGUUCGUAACAGUGGUCUGCAACGGAUACGCCUAUCCGCUGUUCACAAUCCACAUCGAGCCGACCAACAGAUUCUCUCCGCAAUUCUACAAUGAACCCUAUCACAUGUUCGUGCCAAAGAAUCUACCGAUUUGGACUGUUCUCGAAACGCCUGUCGCGGCAAUCGAUUGGGAUCCAGCAUCGAACUAUUCGCUUCAAUUCUCUUUGGAGGAUUCUCAUAAGGGCAUCGAAUUAGUCGAUGAUAAGUCCACACCGAGAAAAGUGUCCGGAAAACUGAUUUCGGGAAGUGAGCAUUGGCCGGACAUCCAAAAACCUUCGAUUGUUCGUCUUAAAGUCGUUGGACCUUACAAACUUCCAAUGAAUCUGAGACUUGCAGUGACUGAUGGGGAAAGAAAAACGACAACAUUUUUGAAGCUUUAUGAGAAAACCGACUCAGCUACCCAUCCUUCAGUCGCUGUGAUUAGCAAUACCACUCCAGUUGCUUCGACGUCAGCUGCUACCAGUCCGACUACAACGACAUCUGAAUCCACCACAACAAAGGAAUCAACGUCUCCCACUACGAAAGUCUUUACGACAACUACACCUUCAACUACAACAACGACAACAACGACAACAACGACGACGACGACGACUACAUCUCCUUCUACGACGACUACAGAAGCAAUAACGACGACAGCCAAGCAGGAGACAACUACUGCUGAAUCCAAAAAACCCAUUGAGGAACUUCUUCCCAAGAAAGUUGAUGAGGUGAAAGCGAGGGCAUUCGCGGUGAAGAAUCGGGAACUGAAUGCGAUUGAAACGGACGAACUUGAGCCUGUUGGAUUCCAGCAACCGACGAGAUUCGCCCAAUGCUCACAGAGAGUCCUUCUUCGCGAGAAUUCUCCGAAAGGCACGAAAGUGCUGCAUCUCGACAUUUUGAAUCCAACAAAAGACACCAAAGUGAAUCUCUUGGAUCCUGACGGAACAUUUGAGUUGGAUGAAGCUGCUUUCGAUAUAAUUGUCAAGGAUCCAAGGAUGGUUGAUAGGGAGUUGUUUAAUUCGUUGGAACUUAUUGCUGAAAUUGAAGGAGCAAGUUUGAGCACACAAUGCACCAAGAAUCGAAUAUACGUCGACUUGGAAGAUGUGAAUGAUAACAGGCCGGUUUUCGAGCAGGAAAGUUACUUCUUCCACAUUGUGGAAGAGUUUCCGCCCGGCGGAAAAAUUGGAACUCUGAUUGCUCAAGACAUCGAUCAAGGCAACAAUGGCGAUAUCACUUAUCAUCUUCUGACUCCCGAAGUUCCGUUCCAAGUUGGAACCCAAGGGAAACGCGCUGUGAUCAUGACGACAGGACCCCUCGACGCCAAAAAUGCUCCAUACAAUUUGAUAGUUGAAGCAAGAGAUCAUGGCGAUGAGCUCGUUAAAUCGGCCAAAGUUCCCGUGGAGAUUUUCGUAUUGGGCUCGGCAAUCAACCAGAGUCCCGUUUUGAAUGGCGUGAAAAAUACCGAAGUGAACAAGAAGAUCGAUGUGGUGAAGAGCCUUGAAAUUGUUGAUAGCAGCGAGGAAGAAGCUGAACAGAAGCCGACUACAGUAGUGACAGCGACAACAGUUGAGCAGCGUCAGGAAAUUGAUGAUGACAAUGAGUACGAUGAUGAAGUGACGUCGGCUCAGACGCCAGCGGCUGCUGUUGAAUCAACAACCGCUUCAGAAGGACUCGAAGAAGAAAGAGAUGAGGAGGAGUUAACAUCGUUGGCAACGACCCCGACAACAGCGAUAACGAAAGAUUCAGAAGAUGAGGAGGUUGAAGACGAGAUCGUUGAGACACAAUCUACGACUCCUAUUCCAACAAAGACAACUCGUCAGCCAACUACAACCGAAGAGAACCGAUUUGAGGAUGAGGAUGAGCCGGAGGAGGAUGAUGUGACGAGUGCGAAUCCGACAGAAUCAAACGAAGAGAAAUUGGAAGAGGAAACCUCGAACGAACUCCCUCAAAAAUCAAUGACUAAUAUUGAUCUAUUUUUGCAAAAACAGAAUGAGAUUGAAUCGAAAGAAGAGAAUUCGGUUGAAGAAGUUACCGAAAAACCGAGAGCAUUCCGAUUUAACAAACUCAAAUAUCGAUUCGAGGUCUAUGGAGAUGAUAUUGAGGAAGAUGAUGUUAUCGGACGAGUUGAAGCUGCUCCAGACGCACAAUUCUAUGCUAUUGAUAGAGAGGUAGCCGGAAUUGUGAAAAUCAACGACGCCGGUGAGCUAUUGGCGGGCGACUCGCUCAAAUCGCAUCCGACGGGUCCCAUCGAGUUCGGCGUCUCUUCGACGAACGGCGUCACAACGACGCGAUCAACAGUUACUGUGCUUCGUGACGGAACCCGUGAUGCGAUGUCAGCUCUUCCGCGCUUCGACCAGGACGUAUACGAUUUCAGAAUCCGCGAAAACCAACAGCCAAAAGUCAUCGGGAGGGCAAAAGCAUUCCAUUCGGCCCUUUCGACAUCCGACUCGCUCAAAUUGACGUAUACACUGGUGACGCCGUCAAACUUCGACGAGCUUCCGUUCGAAGUGCACACCGAAUCCGGCGAAGUGAGCACGAGUCGGCCGCUCGAUGCCGAACAAGCGCGAGCUUAUCAAUUCCAGAUUCGCGCUUGUCUGACACAACGUAUUUGCUCGAACGCCGAAAUUCAUGUGAUCGUCGAGGACGUCAAUGACAAUUCGCCAGUGUUCGUCGAGAGAACCGUCGAAACAUCGAUCGGAAGUGACGUUCCGCCAGGCACGAAAGUGAUUCGCUUGUAUGCGAAUGACGCCGACACUGGCAAAAAUGGACAGAUCACUUUUAUAAUCAACCCGGAAAGCGAAGUGUUCUCGAUUAAUCCAUCGACGGGACAGAUUGUGACCACUCAAACUCUAACCGAGCCAUUGUAUACAUUGUUGGUGACCGCUUCUGAUAGCGGAAUUCCGAAACGAAGUGACAGUGCUCAAGUCAAAAUCAAUGUUAGAGGAUCGAACCCAUCGUCGCCGGUGUUUGACCAGAAAGAGUACGCAUUCUCCGUGGUUGCUCCGAUUCGAAUUGGACAAGUAAUUGGCGAAUUGCAUGCGAUGGAUCCAGACCCAGGUGUCGAAGGAAUCGUCUCUUAUCGCAUUCUUCCUUCUGACAACGACGAUCAUCGAAGAUUCUCAAUCAACAAAAAAACUGGAGUAAUUUCUGCGCUCGAAACAUUGAAUAUUGAUGAUGGGCCGAUUAAAUUGAACGUAGAAGCAUCUGAUAAUGGAAAGAAUAUGAAAAGAAAGACAACAUCUGUUGUUAAUAUUGAUAUAAUUGAAUCAAAAACUCUCAAAUUCUUGCCGCUUCCAACCACGAUUUAUAUUUCAACAGAAAAGCCAGUUGGAAGUGUCGUUUUCCGCGUCUCUGCUUCAAGUUCCGACGAUUCUCCGAUAAAAUUCAAAGUGCUUCAAGAAAGCUCGCAAUUUGUGAUGGACGGCGACCUCCUUCGAGUCUCGAAUCAUCUUGUCGAAGGCGAAUCGAUUCUGCUGAUCCGCGCUGAAACUGACGCGAAUCAUGUCGAUCAUCGGCUCAAAGUUGUCGUGAUGGCUGACCGAGACAAAUAUCCAGUGUUUCCACAAUUGACCUAUGAUUUCGAUGUGGCCACUGAAGGCAAAUUUCCGAGAGUCAUUCAUCAGUUCAAUGCGAAACUCGCGAAUGGCUCGAUUCAAUACUCAUUCUUCCCACCGACUCCUCCAAAUGGAUUUUAUCUCGACGAGAAAACGGGCGAAUUAUUCGUGACAUCGCAGUUCCCUAAUGAGCAUCGAGAUACGAUAUUUGUCGUCGUCCGCGCUGUGAACACACACUUCCGCAAAUUUUAUUCCGAUGUCGGGAUUGCGAUUACACCAGUUUCCCAGUUGAAACCUGUUCUGAAAUUCAAACAGUCCUCGUAUAAUUUCGAAGUCUACGAGAACACUCCAAAAGAUGCGAUUGUUGGAACAUUGACGUUGACACUCGGAUCUGGUCCCAUUCAGAAGUUCUCGAUUGCACCGGAUACCUCAUUCUUGGGAAUUCAUGCGAACGGAAGUUUGUUCUUGAUGGAAUCACUAGACGCUGAACAAAUGGAUCAACUAGUUCAUGAUUUCCAGGUAACGGCAACCGAUGGAUUGGAUACAGCAAAAACUCGUGUUCAAGUGGCCAUUCGCGAUGUGAACGAAUUCAAGCCGAAAUUUGACGAUGAGGAAUUCGAAAUGACAGUUUCUUCGACAGCUGCUCCAGCAACAAAAAUUGGAAGAGUUCGUGCUCACGAUGAGGAUAUUUCGGAGAAGAAUAAGCUCAUUUAUCGAAUUGUUGGAGGAAGUGGAAGAAAAUUGGUGUUUAUCCAGGAAGACGGAACAAUUAUCGUUGGAGAUGAGCCAAUUCCGGAUGAUGUCGAUUCUUUCGAUCUCAUGAUCGAAGUGGUCGAUCGAAACGGCAAUCAUGAUCAGACUCACGUUACCGUGUAUAUCGAAGACACGGAUGUCGAUGAAGAACCGCCGGUAUUUCUGAACCAACCAUUAGUUUGGAAUGUCACCGAAGGGACCACUGAAACCUACGAACUUCGAGCCACCGGCCAAUCCGUUCAAUUCCGAAUUAUCGGCGGAGACAAUGAUCAUCAUUUCGACAUUGUGAGAAUGCCCAACAACAAGGCUCAUUUGCGUAUCAUUUCGGAGCUUGAUCAUCGUCAACAGUCUACUUACAACCUUCAGAUUGAAGCUACCGAUGAGCGUACUCAACUAACAACCGUUGCUGAGCUCGUGGUCAACAUUGAGAACGUCAAUGAACAUGCUCCAAUGUUUGAGCAGUCCGAUUUCACUGGAUCGGUUCCAAUUGAUAUUCCGAUCGGAUUCCCAAUCGUGACAAUUACUGCGAGCGAUAUUGAUCGAGAUCCUAUUCAAUUCUCACUUCAAGGAGAUCAGUUGUGCGAUUCGCAAUUCGCAAUCGAUUCUCGAGGACGUGUUUCCUACAAGGUGCGACAAGAAGAUCGUCAAGCUGGAAAUAUUGUGUGCCUUGUUGUCGCUUCCGAUGGAACGUAUUCAUCGCAUGCGAACCUUCGACUCAGAGUUCUUGAGCGUUCUCAAACAACCGAAGCUCCGAAAAAUACGGCGCCGAUAUUUGAAAAGGAUCAGAUUAAUGUUUUCAUCAAACAAGACUCGAAGAACAAAUUUAUGGCGAGAAUCAAAGUAGACGAUGCAGAAGGCGAUCGAAUCGUCUUCUCGAUCGAACCCGUCGAAUUCCGCAAUUUGUUCAGCAUUGAUCAACACGGAAACUUGAAUCUGCUCGUCGAGCCAUCUGAAUUGGAGCAAUCUUCGUAUAGCUUCCUUGUGGUUGCCGAAGAUCGCGGAACUCCGUUCUUAUCAUCGUUCACAAAUAUCAAAGUUACCGUUGACAAGUCAGCUAGUACAGCAAGACCAAUCGCUGAGAAUCAAGAUGGCGACGAGAAAGAGGAUGGAAACGAAGAAGAAGGAAGUCGUGAAGAGAAAAACUCCGAAGAAGAAGAUACUGAGGUGACACUUGCUCCCAAAACGACUGAAGAAUCCGCGGUCGAAUCGACGACGACCAAAUCGAUAGGAAGAAGCACUAUUGUGCCAGAUGUCCAGUUCAGCCAGCCCACGUAUAACUGGGAAGUUGAAGACGUCAAACCAAUCGGAACUAUUGUCGGAAAUGUGGAAGUCAGUGGGAACGAGGAUCGCUCCAUCGUGUUUUCAUUCAUCGAUGGCGAUCAUUUGUCAGCUGAUUCUGAAGGUCGAGUGACCGUUUUGACUCCAUUCAAAUCGACAAUCAACGAUGUCGUUAUUGCUACGAAAAAUAACCAAAUUCUCGCUGAAGCUCGCGUUUUUGUCACUGUGAAAGCAACAACAACUAGCAGUUCGACGACGACAACGACGACGACAAUUCGAACAAGUGUCGUUACGACGAGAACUCAACCACCGCCAACUCUUCCAACAAUCGAAGUCACAACCAAGAGACCGACUACGGAGAAGCAGACGACACUUCACACAUUGGCGACACUCGGAGUUACGUCUUCUUCUCGAGUUAUCCCGCUUGUUGUUGAGACGACAAGUCGUGCUCCAGUCGACAAAUUUUCAUUUGCUCAACCAAUCUAUUUCGCGUUCUCCACUGAAGGAAACUAUUCAUCGGGAUUGGAGCUUGAAAUCAAACCCGAACCAUUGUCGACAAAUUUCCUUGGAAAUGUCGCCUAUUCGAUUGAGGAUACCACCACGAAAUUGCCGUUUUUCAUCACAGAAGACGGAAAACUCAUAAUUUUCGAAGCAGAUCAUGAGAAGCAUUCGUCCUAUAUGUUCACUGUCAUCGCGAAAACGUUGGAGGAGCCGAUGAAAAUUGCGAGAACACGAUUGAACGUCACGAUUCUCGAUGUUAAUGACAACUAUCCGCUAUUCGAACCACAUCCAGAUGUGAUCGGCGUUUCGAAGAAAAUGCACAUUGGAAGCCCGAUUUAUCAGAUGAGAGCAUCGGAUCCGGACGCGGAUUCGGCUAUCAUAUACGAUAUAACUCCGAAACAUUUCUUCUCGAUUGAUCCGAGAGACGGAUUGAUUCGCGUCGCAAAAGAUUUACAGCGAGCCCCAGAUGACGUUGAGCUCGUAGUGGUUGCAAGCGAUUCUGGAAGACCGUCGCUCAAGACUGAAGCCAAGUUGCUCAUGAGACUUUUCGAUUCUCUCGGGCCAAAACUUCCGAAGCAAACGUCUGAGAUUGUUGUGCCAACCUCGAUGAAACCAGGAGAUAUCGUAACUCAAAUCGUGGCGGGACCAACUGUCUCGGAAACUGAUAAAGUUCUCUACCAUGUGGACAGCGACUUGUUCGAAAUGGAAGCCAAUGGUGUUCUUGUUCUGACUCGAAGACCAUUGGAUGUCGAAUCGAAUCAAUAUCAUCAGCUGAACAUCACUGCUGAGAACAGCCAAGGAACCGAUUCGACAAUUCUGAAUGUCUAUGUUGAAGGACGACUGAGUGGAACCACUCCGUCGCCAUCUCAAAUCGCAGUUUGUCAAUUUGAGAAGAAAAUUUAUCGAGCUCAAGUGAAAGAAAACCUCAAGGAUCGAGUAGGUGUGGCGAAGGUUCAAUCGAAUUGUCGGAAAUCAGGAAAACCGGUUCGAUACGCAUUCCAUCACCAGAUUCAAGAAUUUGAGAUCGAUGAGCGUACUGGUGAAAUAUUCACUAGAACUCCAUUGGAUCGUGAGAAGAAGAACUUCUACUUCAUCGUCGUGAAUGUUGUCGAACAGCAAAGGUCGAAGCGACAGUCGGAUGCUGUGAUUCAAGGUGCCGAUCACGCGGCUUCAAAAUUGGCAGCUUGGCAGACAUUGGUGAUUGUGACGGUUGUUGAUGAGAACGACAAUGCUCCGGUCAUCUUACACCUUCAAGAAGACUCAGUUCUAUCGGCAGUCGUCGACCAAAACGCUGAUAUUCUGACACCGGUGAUUUCAAUUCAAGCGAGAGACCUCGACAUUGAACCCGAGAAUCUCAAAUUCUCGUUGGAGGGCGAUGCUGAUUCGACGUUUAUCAUCAAUUCGACGACUGGAUUCGUGCAGCUCGCCAAGAGUCUUUCAAGCUCUUCUCGAUCGCAAUUCGAUCUGUUCGCAUCGGUUUCCGACGGAGUUCACGUCGUCAAAGUGCCGCUGUAUGUCUACGUGCUCUCGGUUGACAUCAAUGUUGUCCAAUUGACAAAGGACACCGCGCAUGUUGAUCUAGACCCGGCUAGAAUUGAGCGAAGUUUGUCGUCGUCGCUCGACAUGGACACAAGAGUUCUUGUUGCUCAACCAUAUGUGGAUGACAACGGAAAAGCUGAUCCAAAGCGGAGUCACGUUUUCGUUUAUGCUUUGGAAUCGCGUUCAAAGAAGCCUGUCGAUCGGGAAACCCUUCGCGGACUUCUGAUGAAUCAUUCGAACGAUCUGUCGCACCUUCAAUUUUCGUCGGUAUCGUUGCUCUCCACAAAUUCGGCGUCUUCGAAUGCGCUGCUCACUGCAAUCCUGCUCAUGCUCCUCGUUGCUCUUCUUUUAUUCCUUUGCGCUCUGAUUGCUUUCUGCGUUAAAAGACGAUCAAAAACCAACAAUGCAUUCAUCGAAGGUGCUUAUAUGGUGGAUUCGACAGGAUCCGGACCUCGUCCAUACGAUGUCGAGAAUAUUAGCCGUGCGACGGCGCAGAAUGUGCUCUCAUCUCGACCAUUGCCAGAUCCACAAACCCAUCAAGUCGAAUUAGCCGUUUCGCCGGCUUUCCUGCCAGCAGAAUCUGAAGAAAGAAGUGACACGACGAGAGAAUUCUCGAAUAGCGUUCGCGAACGACCAACACUAAUCCAAUCGGCGAUCAGAAAACAUAAGAUUCACUCAAUGCAGCCUCAUAUGCUUUCUGUAGAUACCGAAUUGAGAAAAUAA